CUCUCGCUUCCCGUCGUCCAGGCUGAGAAAAGCGAAAGCGCUACUGCUGCUGCUGCUGUUUCCCCGGCCGCCUUUUUCACCUUCAAAGCGUGUCCUGAAGAAGGAAGGAAGGAAGGGGGCCGAUCCCGGUUGGGAGGCCGGAGCCUCGUCUGAGGGGGAAGCAUGAACGGAGGCGUGGAGGGCCUCCUCUCGGAGGAAGUCAUCGAUCUCACCAGGGGACCCUCAGGUCUGGGAUUUAAUAUAGUUGGUGGGACAGACCAACAGCACCUCUCCAGUGACACUGGCAUCUUUGUUAGCCGGAUCAAAGAAAAUGGAGCUGCUGCACAGGAUGGUCGCCUACAGGAAGGAGACAAAAUUUUAACAGUUAAUGGCAAGGAGCUGAAGGACAUGCUGCACCAGCAUGCUGUGGAUCUCUUUAGGAAUGCGGGUGACCAUGUUUCCUUAAAGGUUCAACACAGGCUGGUGCCCCAGAAUGGUCCUUCAAGCCACCGAGGGGAUGGAGAGCCAGGAGGCAUUCCUUUGGCUGUGAUUUUGGUGCCAGGACUGGCCAUAACAGUGGCUGUAGUAUGGGCCUUCCUGAGAUACCGACAACGGCUGUGACCCACACCACUUCUGGAAGACCUUGGUGCAUAGCAAAGUCUACAAAUCUAUGAUGCAAUUUAAAGAGCGCAAAUUGACUGUCUUAUUCUGGAUUGACAAUGGGGGAGGAGAGAAUCAUUGCCUAAUGUAAAGUUGCUGCUGUGUGUGAUGUGAAUUUCAUGCACGUUAGGGACCAGAUUGUUUACAAACCAGGAUGUCGCACUUCACUGGUCCUGCAGAAGUUUGAUUAAGCUGUUUCUGAUUAUUUUCUUUUGCUCCAUGAUUUCUCCCUGGCUCUUUGAUUUUAAAAUGUAGGCUGCAAAGCAAGGUUGGUACAGUGAGGCUCCACUGAUCCACAGGGCUUCUGACAUUCUGUUGCUGCUUUUCAGUAAGUUUCUGAAACUAGCAUAACUUGUCUUGGGCAGCCAGUAAACUAACUGAUUUGAUAGGGAAUAGGAGGGAUACGAUGUCCUGUAGUAUACAGGAAACUACUUGCCAGUUAAAAGAAUCUCUGGACUGCAGGUAGAGCUUCUAGCUGAGGAGUGAAAAGAAGCAUUGGAUGAGUUCUUUCACAACCUACAUAUAUGCCCUACUCAGUCAUCAGUAGAGAUAAAAGUAGUGAGAAGUGAAAGCAGUGAUGGGUGUAUCUGCUUCUUAGUCUUUUGGUGAAGGGGGAUGAGCUGUUCUUUUUAUGACAUACCUUAGGGGAGCAUAUUAAGUUUAAUCUGCAGCUUUGGAUGAGCUAUUGGCACAAAGCAAACCAUAAAUGCUGGGAUUGAUCCUGUAAAGAUAAGAGGCAUCAUGAGAACAUGGGGAAAAGCCUAUAGAGGCAAGAGAUACACUAAUUAGCCAACCUGAACACAUAGGUAAAUAUGCAUUCAGGACUGUGGCAGAAAUAAAAGAGAGUCCAAAGUUUUAAAUAAGCUUCUUAUGAGCUGGUAUUGAUUGUUUUUGUUACAGUGGCAUUAUGAAAGUCUCAUUUACAAAAACAGGCUGAAGGGAAGUAUGGAAUAUUAAGACUAAUAAUGUAUCUUUAAAAUCAUUGAAAGCUGUAUUGGGGCAGGAUGUUCCUUUCUUCCCAUAGAUGCCUCUUUGUAAAAGAAGUUGCAUUAUCCUCUGAGGUAUUGGUCUCGCCUUGCUUCCAUGUUGAAGCACUAUGAGAAAUUGCUUCUAGGAAAUGUACUAAUGGGAAAUGAAUAUGGUAACAUAAGUUUGCUUAAUCUUUUCUUAACCAUUGCAUAGCUGCCCAGGAGAUGCCUAUGUUGCUCUUCUGAUUAAUUCUGGGGUUAUGGGAGAAAAUCAUUGAAAAGUUACUGCAUUGAUAUGGUGCAACCCAGUAUAACCAUAACCUUGCUUUUGGGCCCAGUAAUCAGUUCAGCUCAUUAUGAGCUGAACAUUAGUGAGUGCAAACCAAACGGGUAAAUUGUGUCUAGUGUGUAUCCACACACCUUAAAUUCUUUAGGCCAUCCAUUGUAUUUCUAAAGCAAUAGGUGACAUAUAGUGUUAUAUUCCACUGACUUUUCAUAUUGGAGUGAUUUGGGUGAAAUUCAGGGUUUAUAGGUGAGGGCAAAGCCUACAGACUUUAGCAUGGUUACUGGGAUAUCAGCCUAGUGGAAUUCCAAAUAAACAUGUUUCAGAUUGAGUAGCUGAACUUGUUUUUAGGUUACUGAAAUACCUGCAGGUGAUGAACAUGCUAUACACAUUCUUUUACUCCAGCCUCAAAAUGCUUAGUAUGGAUUUUAUUUUAGAGACUUCUGUGGAUUGUAAAGCCAGGAAGUGUCUUUUAUGUGGGCAAAAAAUUGUAAGAUAGUGAAAUGUAAAGCAAACAAAACGCUGCAAGAAUUUCACUUUUAAGUUGGUAACACCAUCGCCCUGCACACACGCACACACUGAUUGUACUGUAGUCGCCAAUGAUUUGAGCAAACUAGGAUAUCGUCCAUUUUACUCUUCUCUUAAGCGAAUGUGUUUUUGUACCUUGCAAAAGAAUGCUGAUAUGUGAGGUCUGUAUGAUGCCAAAAAUUAUAUCAUAUAUAUUAUAUGUAUUGAGACUUUAAA